AUGGGUGAUGAAAACCCUUUAAUCGCAGUAAAAAAUGAUCAUAAAGGUAAAAAUUCGGGUCGAAAUAAAAUGAAAAAUAAAAUUCCCGACCGAAAUAAAAAAAUAAAUAAAAAAUCGCAAUUAAACGGAAAGAAUCCAAAUUUAUCAAAUGAAAAAGUUAAUAAUAAGGAGGAAAAGGAUGGUAAACCUAGGAAUAAAAAGGACAAAAAGGGAAUUAACCUGAAUAUCGACUCAAAAUUAGAGUAUGAAAAUGAGAUUAAAAUCCGUGAAUUGGAGGAUCGAAUCGCAGAUAAGGAGUGGAUGAGGAAUCCCAACUCUGUAAUGGAUUUCGAAAGACUAGUGGUAACAAAUGCACGUUCCUCAGCCGUGUGGAUAGCAUAUAUGGCCUUUUACAUUAACUCAGGUGAUAUAGAAAUGGCCAGAAAAACUGUUAAAAGAGGACUUAAGGCCAUAGAUUUCAGGGAAAUGGUUGAGAAAAUGAACCUUUGGGUUGCAUAUCUAAACAUGGAAUGUAUAUACGGAAAUAACGUUAUGGAGAUAUUCAAUCAGGCAACCCAGUAUAAUGAUAGUAAAUCAAUUCACCUGAAGAUGAUAAACAUUUUCGUUAAUAAUAAUCAGCUUGAUAAGGCCAAGGAGAUUUGCGAAAAGGCAAUAAAAAAAUUUCACAAGUCCAAAAAGGUUUGGUUGGCUUACCUUAGAUUAUUGUAUGAGAAUAUGAAGGAUUUUGAAGCUGGAAGGCAACUCCAUAAAACAUGUAUCACUAGAAUACCUGAAAAGAAGAGAAUUAAUAUCACAUCAUCAACAGCCUUAUUAGAAUACAAACACGGAUCUCCAGAAAUGGGUAAGAUGUACUUUGAGAAUAUAUUAUUGGAUAAUCCUAAACGAAUGGAUAUAUGGAACCAAUAUUUGACGGCACAUAUUAAGUUAAAUAUGGACGAAUCCAAAACACAGAAAUCUGAAGGCUUAAAGAACGUUAGAAACCUGUUCGACAGAGCAAUUACCCUUGACCUUAAGCCAAAAAAGAUGAAAAUCAUAUUCUCAAAGUGGUUGGAAUUUGAAUGUGCAUACGGAACCGAGAAAUCCAAGGAAUCCGUACAGAAAAAAGCUCUAAAAUAUGUAGAAUAUAUCGAAAAAAAGUUAAGUAACUGAAAUAAUUUUUUAAC